CCACGACACAUCUGCAUGGUCGCAACAUGUCGGAGCCACGGCGCUCAACGAGAGCUCGCGCGCGCGAAGAGGCUCAACCAGCUCCAGCAGUGCCCGCGAAGGAGACACCCGGCAAAUCAUCCAAAUCCCAAUCUCAACAACCACAGGCCCAACCACCGUCCCAGGCUGCUCUGAAGCGCAAGCGGAGCAGCGUCCCGGCCAAGGAUGCCCGUACGACGCCUGCCAUCGAUGUCGAAGCUGAGACUGCACCCGCUCAGCAACCCCCGAAACAAGUCUUGCCCAUUCGCGUAGCCGACGGCCAGCCGCUGCCAACAUUGUCGGAGCCCCAACCGCUCGAUCUCCCAGCUCGCGAAUAUCAGGACAUACAGCAUAGCGGCGUACUCAGCGCAUCUCUCCAGCGAUCGCGAACAGUAUGGGUCUCUGGUGUAAACUUUCGCCUCUUCCAUGCUCAUUUUGUCCCCCCGAAGAAGGUGGCGGACCGUAGCGAUGAGGACAAGGCGAACAUGCAGCGCCAGAAGGAAAUCGGGCGCAACUUUCCUCUGGUGGGAGAGGCUCAGCUCGUCAUUGAACCUCAUACCUUCACUAUCCGUCUUUAUGGUCCGCGUGAGGUAAUCAAACCUGCGCCAAAGAAGACCACCACCACAUAUGGCCAAUGGGGGAAUCAUAAUCAGCCGGGCACAUAUCAAUACAAUCACGUCCAGCCUGCAUAUCAACAGCCUCCGCCUCCCCCGAGGCCCCCACAGCCCAAACCCCCUCCACCGCCAAAAGCACCGCAACCUGUGCCCGUAGCUGCCCAGGCCCCGGCACCCGAUCCCGUUAUCCACAUGCUAGCUCAACGGGCAGGUCAUGACGCGGAAUUGAAGUCUGUUAUGAAGAUUGUUGCUGCCGGACAGGCUACCAAGGAACAGCUGGAAUUCUUCCAGGGUCACAUCAAUGAAUUGACAAAUAUAUUACAGAAGCAGAAGGACGCGGCAGCAAAAGCCUCUCCACGGGCUCCUGCUCCUCCACCGAGUUCCUCGCAACCUCCAAAGCCUCCAGGUCAGAUCCCACGACCUCCGUCUCAGACUCCACAGACUCCCUCGAACAUACCACGACCCCCUUCGCAGGCCUCCCAAUCAACUCCUCAAACAACGCAGCCACCCCAAUCCCAAACUCCUCAAACUCUACAAAAUCCUUCACACCCUCCCCCUCAGGUUGCGCAACCUACACCGAAAUCUGUGCAACCGUCACCCCAAGGGGUACAUACUAUUCCACAAGCUGCCCCAUCUCCCUCGCAGGCACCUCCACGACCUCCACAAACUCCUCAAGCUCCUCCGCAAUUGUCUCCGCAACCUGCUCCCCCGGGCCCAAGUCAUGCGAGCCCACAGGUUCCCCCACAAGUUUCUGUACAAGUACAUCCCCAACCUCCCUCGCAUGUUCAGCCCGCCGCCGCUCCUCCUCGACCGACUGCUACAAAUCCUCCACCCCCGCAUGUACCCUCUCCGGCUCCCCAUCCAACAAACGUACCACCUCCAUUACCACCAGGUGCAGGUAUGCAACCACCACCAAAACGACCGAGCCUCGCGUCCAAUCCGUACAAUCCAGCGUCCUCGCAACCAUACCAGGCGCCCAUGCCUCCGGCACCAUCUCCCCAUGUGCCCUACUCCAACCCCUAUAGCAACCAUCCAAAUAAUCAGGUUCCGCGCCAACCAUACCCACCUCCCCAGCAACAGCCACAUAUGCCUCGAUAUAUGCCUGCCCCGCAUGUAGAGAGACCAACAACUUAUAGGCCGCUGGUUUUUGAUUUCAAGGAAGGCAACGGAGACAAAUUCUACUUUCCUACUUACAGCUUCAUGGAGUGGCUUCCCGGGACACAGGGCGCCAAAUUCUCGUUUCUCAUCACGAAGAUGAAGCCGAAACCCGAGCCCCAACAGAAGCCGGAAGCAGUGGUGAAUGCACCCUCAACACCUGCGCCCAAGGUUGAGCCUCCUGCGACACCUAGUAUGACACCUACCACGACGCCUGCUAUGACGCCUGCUAUGACGCCUAACCCUCUUCCACCACCCAACGGGAUCCAGACACCUGGACAGGCGCCGCUGGUACCUACCCCAAAGUCAACCGCGAAGCCAGUGGCACCAUACGUUCCACCGCCCCGGAUCGAGGACUACGACGAGAGAAAGGAUAUGAAAGAGAUCGAAUUCCACCAGCCCGUCACAUUUCUCAUUCUCACUGCCAACCACGAAGUGUUGCAAUCGCUUCCCCGUGCUGUCCGUCCACCGGACAUGGUUGAGAAGUAUAUGAACGAUGUUUUCGACACAACAAGGCGAGCAGAAGAGACGUAUCUUGCAUUCAGAUUACCCAAAGAAGGUGCCGCAGAUGCAGAUGACAGGAUCAAGAGCAGUGAUGCUACACCGGCUCCGGAUGCGAUCAUGGUUUCAACAGCAGGACCUUCGGAGAGAAAGAAGCCACGGAGGAGUCUUGCUGCAUGA